UUAAUUCAGUUUUUUAGCAAAAUGAAGAAGUGGAUGGACAUGUCAAAUCUACCACAGGAAUUCCGAGAGCGAGUGGGGAGGCUGGAGAGAAAUUUUGAAGUGUCAACUGUGAUUUUCAAGAAGUUUGAACCGAUAUUUUUGGAUAUAUUUCAAAACCCUUAUGAAGAAGCUUCUAAACCACAGCGAUGCAGGAAACACAGGCGGGUGCCGUGCAGUGUUAAAGAUCUCCUCAACUUCUGCUGGACUCUCUUUGUGUACACUAAGGGUAAUUUCCGUAUGAUCGGAGAUGAUUUAGUAAAUUCCUAUCAUUUGCUUCUGUGCUGCUUGGACCUGAUUUUUGCAAAUGCCCUUUUGUGUCCAAAUAGAAGAGAUUUGCUAAAUCCAUCGUUUAAAGGCUUACCAGCGGACUUCCACGUGACAGAGAUCAAAGACUCUGGAGAUCCUCCUUGCAUCAUUGCCACACUAUGUGAGCUGCAUGAUGGGCUUUUAGUAGAAGCAAAAGGAAUAAAGGAACACUACUUUAAACCAUACAUUUCAAAACUGUUUGAUAGGAAGAUCUUAAAAGGAGAAUGUCUGUUGGAUCUCUGCAAUUUUACAGAAAAUAACAAAGCACUGAAUAAAGAGUACGAAGAGUACGUUCUGACAGUGGGUGACUUCGAUGAGAGAGUUUUCCUAGGAGCUGAUGCUGAAGAAGAAAUUGGCACUCCUCGAAAAUUUCCUGCAGAUGUGCCAGUAGGGAAAACGGCAGCAAGAGCUCACGUGGAGUGUCAUCUUCAGCAGCAUUUCGAAAAGAAAAGGUCAUUUACACCUUCAACUCCACUGACUGGAAGAAGGUACCUACGAGAGAAGGAAGCUGUCAUCACUCCAGUUGCUUCAGCAACACAAAGCGUGAGCCGGCUGCAGAACAUUGUAGCUGGAUUGAAAAAUGCGCCGAGUGAACAACUUCUAACUAUUUUUGAGUCGUGUGCCCGCAGCCCUGUGGAAAGCAUUAUGAGCAGAGUGAAAGAAAUAGGUGAGACGUUCUGUCGCAGCUACACUCAGUCAACAGAUGAACAGCCAGGAUCUCAUAUAGAUUUUGCUGUGAACAGAUUAAAGCUGGCAGAGAUCUUGUACUAUAAAAUCUUGGAGACUAUAAUAGUGCAAGAAACACGAAGACUACAUGGAAAGGAUUUGACUGCUCUCUUGGAACAAGAUGUUUUUCACCGCUCUCUCAUGGCGUGCUGCUUGGAGAUCGUGCUUUUCGCAUAUAGCUCACCUCGUACCUUUCCCUGGAUCAUUGAAGUUCUUGACCUCAGACCAUUCUAUUUCUAUAAGGUAAUUGAAGUACUGAUUCGGUCUGAGGAAGGACUUUCCAGAGACAUGGUGAAGCACCUCAACAGCAUUGAGGAGCAAAUUCUCGAGAGUCUCGCCUGGACUCGGGACUCAGCACUCUGGAAUGCCCUCCAGGCCUCAGACAACAAGAUCCCAACCUGUGAAGAAGUAAUAUUUCCCAGUAAUUUCGAAGCAAGCAGUGGAGGAAGUGGGCCUGGGCAUUUGCCUAUGAUGCCAAUAUCUCCUAUAAUUCAUCCUCGAGUAAAAGAGGUUCGGACAGACCUUGGUGGGAGUUUAAGACGGGACGUGCAGCCGUUGUCACCAAUCUCUGUUCAUGAGCGCUACAGUUCUCCUACAGCUGGAAGUGCAAAGAGAAGGCUCUUUGGAGAUGACAGCCCCAAAGAAAUGCAGAUGGAAAAAAUUUUAACUGAAGGAACUAAGUUGACAAUCGCUCCAGCGUCAAGCAUUGCUGCUGAAAAUGUGUCGGUUUCUCCUGGCCAAACCGUACUGACCAUGACAACAGCUACAGUACCAGGGAAAAUGGGACAGAAGGUUACUAUCCCACUGCACGGUCAGCCAUGUAAAAUGGAGGCUCAGGCUCCCUGCCACCCUCCGGUGAAUCAAGUGCAAGAAGUGCAUCUGUCAUCAGGCAAACCAAAGAAAACAGGAUCCUUGGCACUGUUUUACAGGAAGGUUUAUCAUCUGGCAAGUGUGCGCUUGCGUGAUCUGUGCUUAAAAUUGGAUGUUUCCAAUGACUUGCGCAGGAAGAUAUGGACAUGCUUUGAAUUCACAUUGGUUCAUUGUGCUGAUCUAAUGAAGGACAGACAUUUGGACCAGCUCCUCCUCUGUGCCUUUUAUAUCAUGGCAAAGGUAACCAAAGAGGAAAGAACUUUCCAGGACAUAAUGAAAAGUUACAGAAAUCAGCCACAAGCAAACAGCCAUGUUUAUAGGAGUGUCUUGUUGAGAAAUAUUUCUGCCGAUGUCCUGUUGGACAAAAAUGCAAACCAAGAUUUGGAGACGACAGAAGACUCCUCUGUGAAAACUGGCAGUUCCUCAAGGCCAUCUGCAGCAGAGAACUCCAGUGAGUUGGGAACAGAGGAGCGAGGAGAUCUUAUUAAGUUUUACAAUGCAGUCUAUGUAGGAAGAGUAAAAUCAUUUGCACUGAAGUACGAUAUCACAAACCAGGAUCAUGUAAUGGAAGCCCCUCCCUUGUCUCCAUUCCCCAACAUUAAGCAACAGCCAGUGUCUCCUCGGCGGAUCUCUCAACAGCACUCCAUUUACGUUUCACCUCACAAGAACGGUGCCUGCUUGACCCCUCGAAGUGCACUACUGUACAAGUUUAAUGGGAGCCCUUCCAAGAGUUUGAAGGACAUCAACAAUAUGAUAAAACAACGUGAACACAGGAGUAAGAAACGAGCAAUAACAAUUGAUAGUGACACUGAAUCCCCUACAAAGCGACUCUGCCAGGAAAAUGAUGAUGUUCUACUUAAACGUCUCCAGGAUGUUGUCAGUGAAAGGGCAAAUCAUUAAAACUGCCAGUUUUCUGUGGGAUCUAAAAGCUAUGGAGUUGGUUACAGCUGUUGUGCUAUUUAUUUCUUGCUCUGGUAUACAGACAACUGCCAGGUUU